GUGGGCGACGAAAGGAUGACAAUGUUGGCAGUGGUGAGUGGGAAAGAUGCUGAGAGGGAUGCUGUGCCAGUGGCAUGGUGGGCAUGGUGCUGCAGGCAGUGCAGUGAGGAGGCUGGGGCUGGUGGCAGGAGGGGACAGUGUGGGGCUGGGCUGGGUUUACCCUGUGUGGUGGCAGUAGGUGGCAGUGCCCAAGGCCAGAGUGUGAGAGUUGUGGUGGGAGCCCCCCCCCGUGCCAGGCUGCACUCCACGUCCCAGCUGAGCAAUAAACCCAGCUGGUGCACGCUCGCGCCCGCCUCGCCUUUCCUUUGGCCGUGGCAGCACCCAGGUCUGGGCAGCACUGGGGUGGGUGAGGCACAGCUCAGGGAGCCCCACAGGGGCAGGCGAAGAGGGGACUGGGGCCAGUUUCAGCCUCCUGUUCCAGGACUCAGGAUGGGGAUGGAACCCUGGGGUGAGGGUCAACGCUGCUCCCUGCACACUGCGUCCCCUUCACCAACCCCAACUACCCUGGAUUUGUGCCAGCGGGUGAGGGAGGGUGGCGCUCCUGUCAUGUGGUUUCAUAACCCCUGGACUCAUUUCCAAAAAAGCAUUUCCUCCUGCUGUGGUUGGGUGUAAAAGCCUGUGUGGGGAGGGCUGGCGCUCACUCACCACGCGUCGCGUGCUGCUGACAGUGGCCAUGGCGUGCCGGGGCACCCUGCCUGGGCACUGAGCUGCCCUGACACCCAACUGCACCUGCCACCCUGGUCCCCUCACUGCCCUGGCAUGAACCAGCCACAUCGGCCACAAGGAUGAAGUGUUGCUGCCCUGGGGUGGCUUGGGUGAUCCUGGCAGUGCUGGGGCUGGCAGCCAGUGAAUCACAGCCCCCAGGGUGGCAGAACCAUACCAUGCUGCGAGGACAGAGGGUCCUGGUGCAGCCACUCACCCGUCUGCAGAGACAUGCCACCAGAUACCCCUGCCCUGCUGGCAUGAAUUGGAUCGAGAGUACUCACCAGUGCUGUCCCCAGUGUCCUGCAGGGAUGUAUCUGCACAAGCCCUGCACAAGCCACAACAACAAUGUCUGCAAACCCUGUCCCAUUGGCACCUUCCUCUCCCAGCCCAACACCUUCACCAAGUGCCAGGCUUGCUACGAGUGUGACCGACAAGCUUUCCAGAGUGUUCUGAGCAACUGCUCGGCCACCAGCAACGUCGCCUGUGGCUGCGAGCCCGGACACUUCCGUGACUGCCUCGACGAGGGCUGCAGCGAGUUCUUAUGUCGGAAGUGCCAGCCCUGCACAGGGCGCCUCAUCCAGCGGCCCUGCUCAGAGAUGCAUGACACAGUCUGUGACAGCAGCUGCAAGCCUGACUUCUACACCGAGGGAGACGAGUGCCGGCCAUGCCACAUGAGCACCCUGGACACGUGCAGCAAAGAAUGCCAGCAAGUGUGUGGCAGCAGCAACAGCAGCAGUCAAGACUCAGGUCUGGAGUACAUCCUUCUGGGACUCAGUGGGCCCCUCUUCCUGGGUGCCAUUGCCAUCUACCACAAGAGGAAGAGGCUUCGGCAUGAUGCCCUGGCACCUGGUCCCCUCCCCAUGGCACAGGCAGCCACCUCCAUGGCUGGGGCUGUGCCCACACCAUGGUGCCAGUUCAGUGGCCGGGGGUGGAACAGCCUGUGCUGGACCCAGCCAUGCUCUCCACAGGGGACAGAUCGUGCCACUGUCACGGUGAGGCAGAGCCCCAAGCACCAGGCCCUGCUGCAUGAGCAGCCCAGCGAUGAGGGGGAGCCCUCUGCCCCACCAGAGCCCCGCAGUGCCCUGCUGCAGGGCAGCCAGCUCUAUGCUGUCAUCGACGCAGUGCCAGUACGGCGCUGGAAGGAGUUCAUGCGGAUGCUGGAGCUGCGGGAGGCGGAGAUUGAGCUGGUGGAGCUGGAGGUGGCCCACAUCCGUGACCAGCAGUACGAGAUGCUGAAGCGCUGGUGCCAGCAGACCAGCGCCACGCUGGACCGUGUCUUUGCUGCACUGGAGCGCAUGGAGCUGGCCGGCUGCGCGGAGGCACUGCGCCAGAGCCUGCCAGCAGGGCCCUAGCCCCCAGCGUCACCGCCCUGGCACUGGGAGGUCCUGGCACCUUCACAUCUCACUGGGUGCCUCGGCUGUGCCAUACCCCUAAGUAUUGUUACUUAUGCCGUGUAGACAUUUUAUGUCACUUUUACAUCCCCUUCCUACCCACUGCCCCCCUCUAUUUAUGUCCCCCUGCUCCCAGGGCUGGGAGGGACCCCACACCCAGGCAGUUUGGCUGCCUGGCCACUCGCGGGACGAGUGGGCACCGAGCCCACUGCAAACCCAUGGGACAGUU